CUCUUCCCGGCAACGAAAUGUCAGUAAGGUAAUGGCAAACAUUAGCGCGGGGAAACACAUUUUUGGCGUUGUUUUGUGAAAUUGUUGUUUAUACGAUUGUGCUUCUUUUUCGCCAUGUCAAUAAACUUAAAGUUAACCGCUCAAGAUGUAAAAACCAGUAUCGAAGAUCCGAUACAACUACAGUAUAUUCCGGCAACGAUCGAAGGAGAUGGACCGGCCAAUCUGGAAAAGUUUUUCACGCCUUAUACCGACACUCUACCGGAUGGAACUUUGCAAAACGCACUUCGCGGAUACCCGCUGCUUGGCAAACGUAAAACCCUUCCGGAAGGAUACACUGGAGUGAUUUUGCAGGAAACGAAAAAACCCCUUUCAAGUGAUGAAGACCGGACCCUUACGUUUGGCGGUGCUUUUCGGGAGUUUACAUACUGGAACUACGAUCGCAAUCCGUCAAGGAAUGACCCAUUCGAGAAGGCUCUGAAUUGGCUGCAACUGGCCGAGGUGCUACAUAGCGAUGGACAAGAUGAGCUGAUGGAGAAGCAGGAAACCAACACCACGGCUGCCGAGAAAUCAAUUCAAGAAAACAACGGGUUGUAGCUAUUUUACUGUAAUAAAGGUUUAUUUGUUUUUAUGUU